UGAUAAACCUAGUUUUUGACAUAAAAAUAUUUAUUAUCCUAUUUUGUUAAAUAUAUUUUCUUAUCAAUUAUCAAAUAGACAUGUCAUUGAUUGACGGUGUAGGUGAUGAAGUGACCGAAUUUUUUUUAAUUGUAACUAUUAUAUUAAUUGGUGUAGGUGCUUGGUGGUCAACAGCAAUAAAUCAUCGAUUUAGAAUUCGAACGGUUCUUAUACUAGAACACAGACGUAAUUCAGUCUCAACAAAUGUUAAUAAUCAAUCGUUAUCAGUGUCUACCACAUCUAGGAAUACAAAUUCAUCAACAGAACGAUUACGUGUAAGUACGACAACGACGGAACGGAUAUCUGAAACAUACACAGAAGGUGCAGCAACAAAUCGUGAAAUUAUAACGACAGAUCAUCAACAAACCGACGAAGAAAUUGAACAGAAUAAUAUUGUUCAAACAAUGGAUGCUGAUACGAAUACGUUAAGGAAACGACGGCUUGCUUAUUUCCAAGAAAAUGCAAGUGGCGCAACAUCAUCAGACUUAGCAGGAGGUGAACCACAAGUCACAAUCACAGAAGAUAGUGAAAAUAAUAGAAAUGAUAAUUUAACAGAAGCACAGGCAACCACUUCCUCUAGUGGUAACAAUGUCGAACAAGAUCGGCAUAAUGUAGAGGAAAUUUUAAAAUCAACAGACGGUGAAUUAAUUCGUAUUAAAUUAAAAUAUUUAAAUGAUGACAUUAAAUCAGUUGAAGGAAAAUUAUUAGAGAAACUUGGUGAUUUUAAAAGGAGACAUUUUGAAGUAGAAUUAGCAGCAUGUAAAAUAAUACGUCUUAUCUUUAAUGGACAAGUAUUGCAAAAAGAUGGGGAAACAUUAAAAGAUUGUGGUCUUUUUGAUAACUGUGUUGUCCAUUGUUUGGUUCAUCAACGACCAGCAGGCAGUCAACAAUCCAAUAUGUCAUCAAAUCGUGACGAUUUGUCAUCAUCGUCAUCAUCAAGGUCACCAUACAAUUCAAAUAUUUUUGGAACAGAUAAUGGCUCGUCGUAUUUAGGUGGUGGUGGUUUAAAUGGUACUGGCUCAAAUGUUAAUGGUGAUCACCGUGAUAAUGCUACUUUACCAUGGGAUCUAGGCAAUGUUUUAUUAGCAUUAAUUACACUUAUAUUAGCCGUGGCUUGGUAUUUCAGAUUUGAAUAUGCACAGUUAUUUACAGUAACUGCAACCGUAUUUUUAAUGUGUUUAACUGGUAUCUUUACAUUAUUACUAAUUGGACUCUUGUAUCCAGACCCAUCAUCUGUUCAGCAACAAGCAGGUGCAACAAACACAACAAACAAUAAUACACAAAGUCAACCUGUAUCAUAAUAAUAGUCUGUUUUUA